AUAACUUAAAUAGUAAGAGAACGUUCGACUACUUGUAAACAAAGUGUGAGAAGUCGCGCGAAGUCGUGAAUAAUCUUUAAGUUAUUUAUUUAUAUAAUCUAUUGAGAUCCCAAACUUAUUCUUCUCAAAACAACGACAUCUAGGGUGGAUGUAGUUCUUGAGAGAAAAUUUCUUAUCAAGAACAUGACUUCAUUUUGAUUGGAUCGUUGUCUCUACGGUGUUGAUUUGGUGUCCAACAGUGCAAUCUUCAGGCUACGGAACAAACGAAAGAUGACUUCAUUUUGAUUGGAUCAUCGUCUGUACGGUACUGAUUUGGUGUCCAACAGUGCAAUCUUCAGGCUACGGAAGAAACAAAAGGUGUCACUUCAAGCUUCAUUGCUGAGCUUUGGGGCUGUCCUCAAGGUUUAAGGCUAGCUCUUCCACUUGGAAAUACAGCAUUUAAUCCUUGAAAUGGAUUCUUUAAUGGCUCCUUACCGGUUGCCUUCACUGUUUGCUCGGUUCAACACACGCUUCGGAAAUUCUGCUGCAGACUUUAUGGCUGCUUUGGGUCAUAACUUUACCACGGGCAUCAUCUUGUUCAAAGAUCCACCAGUAGGGAUCAGUAUGAUCAUGCAUGGUAACUGUGUUGCAGCUUCAUUUCUCAGAGUCUAAAGUCUAAUUUACUUUUCCAUGUGCAGAAAAUAACAAUAAUAAUAAUAAUAAUAAAAGAAUUGUAAUUUG